AUGGGCACUCCACCACUGCCCAGACUUCCCACCCUUCUGCCUCCCAGGCGUCGUUCCUUCCCAGCACCAGGCAUCACCCGCAUUGUACGAGUAUUUGGCCACGACGAGGACGUAAAGAAAGUCGCUACCUACGACGUGCAAGUAUCGCAUCACACGAUAGCGCAGACACACAGAGUGUGGCGACGAUGCCCUGAGGGACACCGCGACGACCACUCAGAGGCGGAAGACUCGUGGACGGAGGAGGCCGCCACAUACCAUAAGGUCAGCAAGAGCGGUGCCAAAGCUAUCGCAACGCACCCAAACGCCAAUAGACAAGCAGUGAAGCGACCUCCAGCACCCACGAGAACUCUCGAAGAGUUACAGGAACGCGUCUUCGAACUGGAAACAUAUAUGCGAUCGGCAGGAGCGAAACCUGUCUCGCAGCAGAUGUUCCUGGGCCUGGGUCAUCCGCAAGGACCCGGCACCCGUCCCAAGGACAAACCGCAGGAGUUCGAGCGCUCGUUAUUGCGAGGUCGCUCGUUCAAGACGCAGUACUAUGGUCCGAGUAACGCUGUCAGUCUCCUGCUCCAGUUCGAAGAGCUUUCCGUUUUCGUCAAGGACAUACUGGCGCGUAUGCCCAAUUUCGAGAAGUCCAGAGAUGUCUUCAAGAAAGUUCGCAGCACAGCAGAAACGUCCUCAGGUUCGAAGCCGUUGACCGCAGGAAGUCUCGAAUCGUUUGCUGCAAUGGUUCCUCCACGAGAGAGGGCCGAUCUACUGGUGCACGGAUAUCUGGACAUAUUCGAGACGACUUACCGCGUUCUGCAUGUCCCGUCAUUCUUACAGAGCUAUGAAGCGUUCUGGACGGAGCCCGAAAGUGUGGAAAUCGAAUUUGUUGUACAGAUGCUACUUGUCAUGGCUGCCAUCAAUUGCGUCUUCGCUGGCGGCGCGGAAGGCUUCAUCGGUCGGAGCUCUGUCGGACGAACAACUUCUCACCGGUGGCUCGAGGCGGUCGAAGUCUGGCUGGACCAGCAGUCACACAAGCACACCACUCUCGAGUACUAUCAGACCCAUGUCCUUUUGCUUAUCGCCAAGGUCAUGACCUGUUACAAAAUCAAGCGGGAGUGGAUUGCCGCACAGAGCCUUUUAUCCAUGGCAAUGAGCGCCGGUCUACAUCGAGAGCCAACGACAUUGUCGAAUAAGAUCUCGCCGUUCGAUCAGGAAAUGCGUCGCCGACUCUGGUAUACGAUACUUGAGAUAAACCUGGAGAUAUCCUGCGAUCGUGGAAUGCGAGUGUCUAUCGGCCCGGACGACUGGGAUUGUCUACCACCAUUGAACGUGCAUGACGAAGACUUUAAUGAUAGCACACAGACCUUGCCAACUUCGAAACCACUCGGCGAUUUUACCAGAACAAGUUUUCUUGCACAGCAAACCCGCCACUUGCCACUGCGCAUUGACAUCUUGACGAGGGUCAACAGCAUCUCGCGGACAUUAGAUCUCGAGACGGUAAUGCAGUUUGACAAUCAGAUUCGGGAAGAGCUCGACAACCUGGCAACAUGGCCGGACAAGCCUAUUACCGAGGCGGCCAGAGCCCUAGCAACAUUGGUACCUCAUGACUACCUUCUUCUUUUGCAUCAGCCAUUCGCCACACAACGGCUCGCCCAGUCGCAGUACUUCUACUCAAGAUGCACACGUCGAGAAAGCUCGCUUCACAUUAUGAAGACAUAUGUUGAAUUGAGCGAGCCGACUGGUCUCACAUUGUGCAAUAUCCGGGCCGAUGGCUUCCGAGCGAGUCUCGCAGCUUGUCACGACAUUGCGGUGGCGGCAGGCGGCCGUCAGGACAUGAUGCAAGACAAGACCCUCACUGUCAAUCUGAUCAGCAAAUGUGUGGACCUCUCAGGCCGACGGGUCAAAGCACUUGGCCAGGGCUUCCACUCCUACUGGAUGGGGUCGAGCGCCUUGAGCUUGGCCAAAAUGAAGCUCUCCUCCGCAACCGAGCCCGAGGAGUUCGUCCUCGAGUCGGUCAAUCGCAUGGUGAAGUUGCACAACGACCUGAUGGAGAUGCAGACUGCUGGUUACGACCAUACUCCGACGGCAGAGGUGAUGCCUCAGCCAGAUCUACCACUUCCAACAGCUGUCAUGCAAGCGCCCAUGCAGACGUUCGACAUGAACAGCAUGAUGCCGUAUGAUGCUCUGAACACAGCGAUGUUCGAUUUCGACUUCGACGACAGUCAGGCAUGGUGGGCGGAUCAAGGACUUGGGGUGCUUACCUAG